AAACACGUGCCGGAUUCACCUUACUACCUUGAUGCAACUACACUUCAUCCAACACUCCAGCUGACGACGCCCCCACCUCCCACUCUCUCACCUCCGCUAGCAAUCCUGCCAUCAGACCACCGCCACAUAAAGGCAAUUGAACCGGACGCCACUCAGAAUGCCGUUCCUGUAUCCUGUCGCCGUAUUCUGGCCAGCGUGGUCAAAUCCAAAAGCGGAUGCAACAACUUCAUCUCAGCUUCGACCUCAACGACUUUCCAAAGCGCCAUCGCAAGUGGACAAGUCCGCAAACUACUCCACGAUCACCUCUGCCGGGUACUCUGUAAAUACCUCAACAAAAGACCGCACCCAAUCUGAUCUCUCCCGUAACACUACUCAACCCACCGACCCCGACCCCUACAUGGACCGCCUCAUAGGAAUCUAUAACCUUACCACUACCAUCUCCGACUGGGAAUUCGCGCUCGCUAAGGUCGAAGCGCUUCGGACUACUACCACUUCUACUCCCGGCACUCAGAUCAUCGAGUAUCUGACGAAGAAGCUCGGCCCGGCCCCGACGCGUGAGCUAGAAAGAGUAAGGGAGAAAAAGAUAGAGUUUGAGCGGAUGGGAAGAGUAGAAGUCGCGGCGCAGUUGGCGGUGCUGGUGUGGCGGGUUGAAGAUUUGCUGGGACGGUUGGAGGGGUUGAGGGGAAAGUAGGGAGUAGGGAGUCCAAAAGGGGAUGGGGAAUAGAGGCCGCGGAGGAUUUGGAAGGGUGUUUUGUUGGUUUUGAGACGGUGAAACGGUCUGGAAGGGCUUUCGAGGCUUAAAAGGGGUAUCGAGGUUGUAGCCAGAUGAGGUUCGGUAUUGGGAGUUCCUGGAAUCAUGGGACUAUACGAUACGGGCCUUGGAUAGGCAUUUGGUCUGACGACUCUACUACGGUAGUCUCAGUCUCUUUUCUCACGGUCGAGGCGUUCACGGUGCGGUUGCACUCCAUCAAAGUGGUUCAUGGGCAUUCGACAGGCGCCGGACUGGGGGUCUAAUUUGGACUGAAAUCAAAAGCGUACUCUGGAAAGUGGAAUGCGUCUGUAGGGCUUCUAAUAGUAGGGUAACGCAUUGCCAAUGACAG